GUCGCCGGCCAGCGCCCGGGACUUUGGCUUCCUGCGCAGACCCGAGCUCGUGCACGUCUUGGUCUUGAGUGACCGGGGGCCGGAGAUUGUCAGUUGGCCAGAGCUGAUCGAGAGCCCGGGGCUCUUCCAGCGAGCUUUCGGACAGUUGGAGAACGAGGGAACACUGGAGGAGGUGGCCGGGACACUUGAGACUCGGGCCGCCGAGCUCAAGGAGCGGAAUAACUUCGACGAUGAUCCCUGGUGCAUGCUGCCGGUUUACGAGGUGAUCUUCGCGCUGCUCCAGGAUUCCGGCGGAACCAAGGCUAGAGACAUCGCAGCAGCUGAGAACCUCUCGAGA